GGCCAUUAGCAUUGUGCACUGCAGAUUCUACAGACGAGAGAGAGCAGACGACUGACUCCAUCACCGGUCUCGAGUCGGUCCAUGGGUUAGCCGGUAGUAUUGCUGGGUGGGUACGACCAGGCACUAAGUAUGCACUUCAUCCCCAUUCACAAGGAGUCAAGAACUGGCGAGCCGGUAUCCAAGGUUUAUUAGAGGUGAGCACUCCCUACGGAGCGAGCAUCUUGAUCUUGAAGCAAAGUCUGUGGGAGUCGUUGGGAGUCUCUUGAUAGAUCCAUAUUCCAGCCAGCGGGCAGUACCUUUAUCGAGUCCUUUUUCCUAUCUGGAUAUCUGAUUAGCUAUCUUAAACCCAGUCCAGUCCCAGCUUCGAACAGUCUACCAGUCAAGAUAGUCCUUACCCUGCGCGAAAAACUGUAAAUCUUCUCAUCGCCAUAACAUCCACCCCUUUUGCUCUGUUCAAACAAUGCCACAUAAAUCUUUCUUCCCAUUAGCCUUAUAGCAGACAGAGCGACAGGUUUCCAAUAUUAAUCAACUAAUCACGUUUUAUUGUACUGCUUCCCUUUAUUAUGAAAUUUGCCAAAGAAUUCAAAGAUGCUCUUGCCAGAGAAGGCUUUCCGCCACGCUGGGUAGAUUCUGCCAUUCCCUAUGGUCUGCUCAAGAAAUCUCUUAAAAAGAUUGCGACUGAGUUAGCACAGUGUGGUCUGGAUCCUGCUGCGCUUGCAAAGUUGAGAGAGAUUUCCAGUACUGGUCCUGCUUACCUGUAUGAUUUCAAGGGGUCAAAAUUCCGGCCCACCCUCAUCUUACGGCUUGAACAAGGAGUCACCGUUGAUGCCAGGCUGUCAGCUGACACGAGAAGAUAUCUAGAGGAUCUGGUGAAUCACCAUCAGGAUCUUUCAGAUGUGUCGCUAUCCGAUCCCGCUGGUGACGAAGGUGACCAAAUUCUUACUGUAGAUCCAUCGUCAGAGAUUGAGGCAGAACGACCUCUUGUUCGAGAAGUCGAAGUUCCUCUGACUUUCGAUGCAGAAUUCUUCGGUCUUCUUCAGGGAGAUGUUGAAAAUCUUGAUGCACUCCAAGACGAGGAACGAAGAGCUCUCGUCGCUGAGGUUGGCGAUCUUUCAAAAGAGCUCGUCAAGCUCAGUGAGCCUUCAAGGUUCAAAAAGACCGACCAGUAUCGGUGGAGAGAGUUGUUUGAUGUUUACGUACAGGCUGGAAUAUUCUUUUCGGAUCUUGAAAAGGAUCACGGUAAGCGUGAUAGCGUAGCUGCAUUAAAGCGUUUACAAUGGUUCCAGAGUGAAGUAGUCAAGAGAGGUAUCGUGGAUACAUUCAAACUCUCCCCUAGCCGUAAAGCAUUGAAUCAGUUCAUCAGCAUUAAUGUCACGCUACUCCGGAAUCUCCAAUUUCAGGAGAUCAAUCAGAAAGCUAUUGCUAAGAUAUUGAAAAAAUUCGAUAAAAGGACAACACUUGGUGCUAGGCAAACAUUCCCCAGACUUAUUCAGUCCGAUGUUAUCAUGACGGAAGCGAUGGCUAGAUCUGUAUGCGCACAGGUGACACAGGAUCUUGUUCAGAUAGUACCUCAGUUAAGUGAUUAUACUUGCCCUGUCUGUCUGGCCAUAGUAUGGCGACCAAUAAGAAUGGAAUGCAAUCAUGUUCUAUGCGUUCGAUGCACGGUAUUCAUGCAGCGGCGUGGGACCAACGCCUGCCCCUUAUGCCGAGACGAAGUGAUUCUAAAGGCUGAUCAAGAUAACAUCGACGAAAAACUCUCCAAAUUUCUCCUAAGGAAUUUUCCCAAAGAAACGAAGGAAAAACAGAUUGAGCAUGAAACGAUAGAUGGCAGGGAGAGGUUCGGCAUUUACUAUACCCAUCCUUCGGAACAAACUCCUUUACAAAGAUAUUGCACUGUCAUGUAAAGGAACCGUUGGAAAGUACUUUUAGCAUUUAUCAUCUUCAGCGGGAGUCGGAAUGGCCCCGACGCCACUUUACGGCGUUCAAAGGCGAUGGCAAGGGAAAUUAUCGACCGGGAAGUUUUAUUAGAUAAAGACAUGAUACAGCAGCACGAUCAUUUCAUCCCAUUUCCCAAUACACAUAUUAAGAAGAGUGCGAUGGCAGUUGUCGUUGCCGUUGCAGCUGUAAUUAAUUAUACCUAUCUACUGAACAUCACAGCAUAUCGUUGUGAAGAAGGGAGGGGUCUUCUAUUGUGCUUUGAAGCGGGGUAGGUAUUGUCGUUUUGUAUUGAGACAGUAUGCGGCAUUGUGCGGGUGGAGCUGGUAUGAUGUACUUACUUCAGCCAAGGUACUUUUGAUAGGCGAUACCACAACAAUAAAAUGGAAUUCUCGAUAUCCUCA